AGUAAACAUUUGAACUUCUUAUGCAACACACUGCUCUUUUCACAUUGCACACGACCAGCUGCAUCCUCCGUAAAACUUUCUUCGCCAUUAUUAGCAGAUUGUCUCUUUUAACCUAGUGCUAUUUAAAGCAGGUAUACUUUGAAGAAUGGGGGAUUGGACUCUACUUGGAAGACUGCUGGACAAAGUUCAGGCACAAUCUACAGUGAUUGGGAAAAUUUGGCUCACCGUAUUAUUUAUCUUCAGGAUCUUAUUGCUUGGAUCUGCUGCAGAGAAGGUUUGGGGUGAUGAACAGUCUGGCUUCCUUUGCAACACACGGCAACCUGGUUGUGAAAACGUAUGCUAUGACAAAGCUUUUCCAAUUUCCCACAUUCGCUUUUGGGUUCUUCAGAUCAUUUUUGUUUCAGCACCUACCUUGCUGUACCUUGGACAUGCUUUACAUGUUGUCCACUUGGAGAGAAAACAACACAAAUUAAUUGAUGAACAAAUCUUCAGAAAAGUUAAGAAGACAUCAAAGUACAUUGUAAGGGAUGGAAAAGUAAAAAUACAAGGAAUCCUAUUAUUUACUUACAUAUUACAUGUUUUGUGUAAAAUUCUGCUUGAAAUUGGUUUCAUUGUGGGUCAGUGGUAUCUCUAUGGCUUUUCUUUGGAUCCCAUGUAUGUGUGCAGUAGAUAUCCCUGUCCACAUUCCGUAGAUUGUUUUAUUUCACGUCCAACAGAGAAAACCAUCUUCAUCAUUUUCAUGCUGGCUGUCGCUUGUGUGUCACUUCUUCUAAAUAUAGCUGAAAUAGUUUACCUUGUUUUCAAGCAAAUAACUAUUUCAACGCAGAAGAGAUAUAAAAAACAUGGCCAUCACCAAUUUAUUGAGUCUUUUGAUAAAUCAAAGCUGACUGAAGAUUUACCUCUAUCAGGUUCUAAAGUGAAGCCUUUUAGUACAGAACCAAGCAAUAGCCAGGAUCCCAAGUCUCAGAAAACCAUUAAUUAUGGGAUUGAGAAAGGUAGUGAGGAAAUUAAAGAAAAUACAGGAUAAUAAAAUGGGUAUGAUUUUCAAUAAAUUAAUCUGCCUUUAUUCCAGAACAUAGGUCGCUGAAAUAAUACAACAAACCAAUUCAUGAACAAGAAUCUAGAAAUGUAACAAUGAUUAUAUUAUUGUAUUAGGCUUGUAAACCUGACGAACAAUUUACAAUGUAUUAUUAAGCAGUUUCUUCAGCCAUGAUAAAAAGGGCCAGAAUUCCAUAUGUCAUCAGGACUGACCAAAAUGUACAACUUUCUGACACUAAUUCAUUUUUCAACUGAUGAAUCGUAUGAUUCAUAAUGGUACCGCAUCCACACUAACAAUUUUUUUGCUCUGUAUGUUUCUCCUGAAGUCAUUCAGUUCACUUGUGGCAAAAAUGGUGUGAGAAAAUUUUUUAAACUGUGUUUUGACCAAGCUGACAGUGUCAUUUUUAUCAUUAUGCUGAUAGAUAUUAAUGCUAACUCAUUACAGUUUCUGUCUUACUUUUUAAUGUAUCAUCUGAAUGAUCUGAAUAUCAGUUCCAAUUGAUCAAAUUGCCAUUGAUCUCAUUUGUUGUCUGAAACAGGUUCAUCUUAUUAACCCGUUUAGCUCCCAAUGACUUUGAGAGUGGUUCUGUGACCCUACCAUGAGUGGACUGCGCCACAAAUCGCAAGGCAGUAGACAAUGCUUUCCUGGCUCUCACCACGAUACUGAGGGCUAAGCUAUCAAGGGUCUGCUUUUUAAGAAAUCUCAGCUUAAAUUGAUUUAGAUAAUAUAAAAAUGAAAACAUUAUUGAAAACAAAUUUAAAAGGACAUACAUUUGAGCACAUUAAACUAGGGAUAUGGGGAGAAAGCAGGAAUGGGGUACUGAUUUUGGAUGAUCAGCCAUGAUAAUAUUGAAUGGCGGUGCUGGCUCAAAGAGCCGAAUGGUCUACUCCUGGACCUAUUUUCUAUAUUUCUAUGCUUCUACAAUGUAGAGAAAAAAACAAAAUGCUUAGUUCAACCUAUCGUUUGAAUGGGGGUCAAUAUACCCAUUGAAUUGAAUGUCCCAAUGCUUCUUAGCCUAUCUGUGCUAGGUGCCGUCUAAGGGGCAGUUACAAUGUCUCUCCGAUCCUUCAGUUCAGGAAUUAUUAAAGUGCCCUGGGAUUCAAUAGUGAGUGCAGGUGGAAGAAGAGAGAGAUCAAUAUGGCCAGAAAACUUGAAGUGACAUCAUGUUGGAUCCAAUAUUUCUGAAAUCACUUCAGUUGUAGACCAAUAUAUGUCAUAAUAUCUUAAGAAUCUGGAAAUAUUUAAUUUUCUAUUGAUAUUACAAUAUAAGAUCAUUUGAAACAAUGCUUCAGUGUUAUAAAUGUGAGCAAUGAAUAAAUAAAUCAGAUAUUUUUAAUAAA